UUGAAACACAAAAAAAGGCUCUUUUUCAGACCUCUGCACUAUUGCUAUUGCCAAGCACCACAUGCAGCGUGGGCCCCGCACCCCUCAUCGGUAUUAUGCAGCACACAUCGUUAUCCUCCUCAGGUGUCAUACAACCAACCGUAUUCUACAAACGUAUCACCUCCGAUGUCACCAAAUUUAUUCGGCGAAUUUUUUGUAACUGACAAUUCUCCGCCACUGCCGCCACCAUUCAGUUUUAAGAAAAAAUUUUCGUUCGCUUGCAAUGAAAAUCACGGGUUUUGGAUUAAAGAAAAUCUUAUAAUUUUUGAACCACAAACAGAGAGUCACCGUGCCAUUUUGUUUAAGCCGAUCAACAGUCAUGCGAAUUCUAUUUGCUCCAAUUGUGGUACCAGGGAAACAACUCUUUGGCGACGCAGCACGACUGGCGCUGUCGAGUGCAACGCAUGCAAUUUGUACUAUCGAAAAAACAGUCGCCGCCGACCUACGACAAUGUCUAAUAAAAUCCGAAAACGUAUCCGCGCACCGCGCCUUGACGAGCUGUAAUU